AUGGACGAGGCAAGCAGGCUGGUGUCGGAGCUUCAACAGAAGCUGUCGGAGCUCGAUCACAAAGUCUGGAAGUACGGCCAGGACAUGGCUGCAGAGUUUGAGAAGUAUUCGGAAGAGCUCCUCAGCGAUGUCUCUCAAGAUGUCUCGGAGACAGUCUCGAAAACAAUUGCAGAAGCAAUGAAAGACGCUCCCUCGCUUUAUCCUGCGGGCGCAGCAUUCCCAAUCGAGUCAUGCGCGUGCGCAACAGGCACCCUCAAAGAUGGCGUCCCCGUCCCUAUCCCCGUCCCCGUUUCGGUCGCCGGUUCCAUCACUAGCACCACCUCGACACCAACCGCCCCUAUUUCCGCGCCUCCCUGUGAGCAAGAACAAGAGAUGGGUGGCAGCCCGCGGAGCCCACACACGCGAGACUUGGAGUUCCAAGGCCUCUUCACGCCCAGCUACCUCCCACUCCUCGACAACACCAGCCAGCGGAGAUCGAGCCCCGACCAACCAAUAUCCCCGACGCUGAAGCAGCACGAGACCGAGCCAUUGCAAGUGGAUGCGAGCACGGAUACGAGAUCGCUCAUGGAUAUACCCGAAGGCUCUCGCCCACCGACCCCGAGACGAAAGAAUACAGACGAGGUGUCGGUACUGUCCAAUACAUCAGAACACAGCGAGGGAGAAACGACCCGCCGUAGCGCUCUGAGAAGAUCCUCCAGCGCCUCGAACAAGGACCGACACAGCCCCCGCCGCGUGCGGUUUGAAGUUGCGGGUGAGGAGGUGCUACCAACAUCUUCACCAUCCUCCAUGUCCGAGCUCGAUGGCGCAGUUCCGACGAGCCUGUUCAGUGAUGAGGAGGAAGUUGCGGAUGAGAUGAUUGAAGAUAUUGAGAAGCCGCCACCCAAGAGGAUCUCGUCAUCACAAGCCUUAAGAGCACUCUCGAGAUUUCCUCUCGCCGAUGAUGGCACUCAGUGGACCACGGUUUCUGCGCCUCCAGAUGGUUCGGCCUCGGUGGCAACCAGCAAUGGGAUCUCGCAGGACUCAUCUAGUGAGGAUCUUUAUAUCGGCACCGGGGCGUCGAAGCUAACCUUGGGAGAUACGAAUGAAAAUGGUGUUUUAGCUAGAGUUGAUAAAGUUAACCCUGUCGAUAGCACGGACUUGAAUAUUGACCCCGAGGUAUCCGAAGAUGAGGACAUUCUCGACAUGCCUCAAUUGAGACGGCAAGGUACACCCGUGGCAACGAUGCUCUCACCCACCAACCCGCCAAAUCUCCAUGACAACAAGUCACCAACCGCAUCAACGAGACCAAGGAAAAUCUGGCAAGACCUGGACAAAUUCGUACUUGGUACACACCAAGUCAGUAUCGAUGAUUUGAAAUUCGAUAAAAAUGAUGAAGAUGAGGUCUUCCGAUUUGACGAAGCCGCCUCCGAUGUUCGCAGCCCUCCACUCGAGGAGAGCCAGCGCUAUCCAGACUUGGAAGAUGAGGAGCGCGAUUCAUUCGACACCGAGUCUCCCACCUCCCGAGCCGAGGCCCGCGAGGUCCCAUUCAAAUAUGCCAGCUCACCUGCCCGCCCGAUCGCCUCGAUCGUUAGACCCACACAAACGUCCGAAAAUCCCUCUGCAGGCGUCGUAGGAUCUCUCAGAGGCCACCCCUUCAGCUUACCCAUCGUCAGCCCGGAAGUCCAUGCCCACGGCGCCGCCUUCGGCCCCCUCGAUUCCUUCGUCGGAAGCGUUGAUGGACGAAGCGGUCUGGACGCUAGUAAUCCCCAAAGCUACCGCAUCAGUGGCGGAUUUACCGGCGCCCCCAAGAGCCUGAGCGAGAGGAUGAUGAUGGAGGAUAUGAUGGAAGCUAAUCGAAACCGCCGACUAUAA